ACGACGUCGUUUGAAUAAGCAAAAAACAAAACAAAGUACCAUUAUUAUCUUCAUCAUCGAUCUAAGAAUCGAGUGAAAAAGAGCGAGGGGGAAAACAUUUUCAAUUUCAUCAUCUUCAACAAAAAUCCAAAACCCGAAAACCCGAAAUCAGAACUAAAUGGGUAAAGAUCUGAGCGACGAUCAAGUUUCUUCAAUGAAAGAAGCUUUCACUCUAUUCGACACCGACAACGACGGCAAGAUCGCACCAUCGGAGCUCGGAAUCCUCAUGCGAUCUCUCGGAGGAAACCCGACCCAAGCUCAACUCAAAUCAAUCGUUGCCGAAGAGAAUCUCACAUCACCGUUCGAUUUCCCUCGGUUUCUGGAUCUCAUGUCCAAACACAUGAAACCUGAACCGUUCGAUCGUCAACUUCGCGACGCAUUCAAGGUUCUCGAUAAGGAUGCUUCCGGUUCCGUUUCCGUUAAGGAGCUUCGUCAUAUUCUCACUAGCAUCGGUGAGAAACUCGAGACUGCUGAGUUUGAUGAAUGGAUCAGGGAAGUUGAUGUUGGUUCCGAUGGGAAUAUUCGUUAUGAGGAUUUCAUCGCUAGAAUGCUUGCUAAGUGAAUCCAGAUCCUGCUAUUUGAAUCGGUUCAAAUGCUUUUUUUUUCUUUCUUCCUUUUCUCUAGUGUUUCGUUAUUACAUCUGUUUAAUUUGUGAUGCUUGUGUUUCUUCUAUUUCAUUUCCUUCAAGUGGAUCAAUCAAUUAACCUAGUUAUGCUUUCUUGUUUUAUGGAAUGUAUCUAACCUUGUGUGUGAUUUGGCUAUUUGUUUGAGUUGAUUUGUAUGAUGAGAUCUGAUACUGGGAAUAUAUGUGUAUCUAAUUAAUU